AUUUCUUCCGUCGGCGAUCGACGAUCGACUUAUUUCGCUCGCGUCCUCCGAUCCGAUCCUUUUCUCUCUCUCUCUCUCUCGGCCUCUGCCCUCCUCUUCUUGUGGUAGUGCCUCUCUACUUGACUCCACACACUGCCGCCAGAUCUCCUCCAGCCCGAGCCGCGACCUCUCCCAAUUGAUCCGCCGUCCUCCGAACGCCGUCGCAUGAGCCGCCACCCCUGCAACCGGAUCUAGCGGCGCGGGGCGCCGCCCGCGGAUGAGCUGCGCCGUCGCCGACACGGGCCGUCUCCGGGAACCGACGGCGGGUAACUCGCGGUAGUGGGGGACCGGUCCCGGCUAGGGUUUCUUUUUCUUUUAUCUCUCUGAGCCAGCUCGGAAUGGCGCCCGCCGACACGGCGUCCGCGGGGAGUUGGGUCGAGUCGUACACCGGCAUGUCCUCCGAUAACAUCAAGGGUUUGGUUCUCGCGCUCUCCUCGAGCUUCUUUAUCGGUGCCAGUUUUAUAGUCAAGAAGAAGGGGUUGAAGAAGGCCGGCGCUUCCGGAGUUAGAGCAGUGCUGUUCUUGCACAUAUCAUUCUACGGGAGAGGCUGCAUAUCUUUGGCAUCCUUGGUUGUGCUCUUUGUGUUGUGGGAUCAACAACAAUUGUUCUACAUGCCCCUCAGGAGCGUGAGAUUGAGUCUGUGACGGAAGUCUGGGAUUUGGCAACUGAACCAGCUUUUCUAUUCUAUGCAGCAACAGUGCUUCUUGCAGCUUUUAUACUCAUAUUUCAUUUCGUUCCCAAGUAUGGGCAAACACAUAUUAUGGUUUACAUUGGUGUUUGCUCUCUUGUGGGGUCUCUCUCGGUUAUGAGUGUGAAAGCUCUUGGAAUAGCUCUCAAGUUGACAUUUUCAGGAAUGAACCAGUUGGCUUAUUCCCAAACUUGGGUGUUCACAAUCAUAGUCAUUGUUUGUAUCCUUACCCAGAUGAACUAUUUGAACAAAGCUCUUGAUACAUUCAAUACAGCAGUAGUAUCACCGAUAUACUAUGUGAUGUUUACAUCAUUGACGAUUUUGGCUAGUGUGAUUAUGUUCAAGGACUGGGAUCGUCAAAAUCCCACCCAGAUUGUCACAGAGAUGUGUGGCUUUGUCACAAUUCUUUCUGGGACAUUUCUGCUCCACAGGACCAAGGACAUGGCUGAUGGUCUAUCGUCAUCUAUGUCUGGGCGCCUACCAAAACACACUGACGAGGAUGGCUAUUCUUUGGAAGGCAUUCCUCUGAGGUCUCAGGAUUCGUUUCGGUUGCCAUGAGAUGUUGUGGUGGCCUCUUUCUCCGUCCAUUUUACAUGAACUAGACUUUCCCUGCAUCACGACUUACUGUACCAAGACAAAGCCUGCAUUCUUUCUUUACAGAAAGCUUUGUAUAUCUUUUUUCUAGGCCCCUUAAAGCAUAGGUUCAAUCCCCAUAUGUGAGAGACACCGUUGACAUGCAUUCGGGGAAAUCGCAUUUUGGUAUAUAUGUAGUGUGCCUUCCAAUGGGCGAGACAAUGUGUCUUGCGACAGUGCAGAAACAAACGACACUGAUUUCAUGAGUUGAGCCCUCAUAGCGGAAAAAUAACUGGUUUUCAAAUGAUGAGAAGAUAUCGUUUAUAUUGAUAGCUGCUAUUUUGA